ACCACCCUAAUCCUUCGAGAUUUCAUACUCACCUUGAUCAAGUGAUUACCAACUCUACGCUCUCGCAGCAGACUACAAUUCCAAAGCCGCAGCUCACAGCUCCGCGACAAGCUCAACAAGAUGACUCUCGCCGUCGACCUCCUCAACCCUUCCGCCGAGCACCAGGCCCGCCAACACAAGCUCAAGAGGCUGGUACAAAACCCCAACAGCUUCUUCAUGGACGUCAAGUGCCCCGGCUGCUUCGCCAUCACCACCGUCUUUAGCCACGCCCAGACUGUCGUCCUUUGCGGAUCAUGCUCCACCGUCUUGUCUCAACCAACCGGUGGUAAGGCUCGAUUGACUGAGGGCUGCUCUUUCCGCAGGAAGGCAUAAAUGUGUUCAGGACGCAGUCAUCCGCUGGCGAUGAGAGACGACGCGAGACUUCAUGAGCGACGAUGGUAGCAGCUUUGGAAGCAUCAAAAUGUUCAAUGAGGGCAUACAUCCGGGCGGUGUGAUUGAGGACGAACCAACCAAAAAUGAAACGUUCAACGACGUCACCUUUUCUCUUCUUUAAUCCACUUGUCACAAUAUUUUCUCUCUCCCUACCCUUCCUUCUCCUUCUGCAUGCCCUCGACAAAGGGAUUCAAGUCGCUCAACUUCGGAUCUUGACACGUUCAAAAGCAGAGCCGGACGGCCACCCGUUCUGCUCGACCGCUCCCAAAAUAUGACCCUCGCACACCUGAUCAGACUUCUAGAGCCUGCUCUGAGCCAUGUUCCUCCGCAUCACACGUACACACGCGCCACUCACACGUACGUUCAUACAACGAUUUCGUUCACAGCAACACAUGUUCUCCAUCCACUUCGUACGCAACGUGGCUUUGUUCGAAUCA